CUUGCUGAUACUUUUCUCUUGCACGUCAAGAGAACAAAAUGAGCGACAAGCGUGAAUCGGUAGAUGAGUUUACGCAUGACUUGGCGAUCGAGCUUUCCCGUGCGCUCAAUCUUACAAAUCCAAACGAUUUACUUGCUAAACGAGUAGUUCAACUUGCCAAAAACGACAAGAAUUUCGACAGAUUCGCGGCAGCAUGUCAAACUUUUGGUCGAUUUAAACGAGAGUUCUUACUCGAAACGUUCAACAAUAUUCAAAACCACUUGCAAUCGAUCAAGUCAAGCGCUCGCGAAAGUAGCGGAUCCGGCGACCGAGUACAACAAUUCUCGGACGGAACCAAAGGCGAAGUGCUCAUGUUGGGUAACAACCUCCCUGGUGGUUUAAUAACUCGCAACAAAUCAUCCAAAUCGGACGAACAACGACCCAUCUUUAAAGCACCUCAACCAAGAGCAUCCAUGUUUGGAUUGGAUAAGCUGGCUCAAAAGAAGCGAGCAGCUGAAGCAGCAAAAAAAGCAGCAGAAGCGGAAGAACAAUCGUCCAAAAAGCCCAAAGUGAUGUCUCGCUCGUGGGAUGAUGAUGAUCAACAAUCUUCAAAAACUGAUAAUAAUGAAAAAAUCAGCAAACAUCGACCACAUUAUCGUAACUCAGGAAUGGAAACCCCUCCAGUUUCAUCAAACAAUGAUAUUGAUCUUGCAUUAGAUCGACGGGAUAGCAGAAGACGACGAGAUAGGGAGCGAGAUAAUACGAGACGAGAUAGUACAAGGGAUGAAAGAGAUAGUCAUAGACGGAGACGUGAGGACUUUGAGGGAUCAGAAACGCCUCGGCGUGGCGGUUUGAUCAAGCGUAGCCAGUGGUCAUCAAUGACACCGCGGCGAGAACCUGGAACACCGGGUCGAUCCAGCGGCCCGGGCGACCCACGAUACGAUAGUGGAUAUGUUAGUGGUCGAUCAGCAGCAAAUUCACGAUAUGAUACACCCGCAGUACAUUCAUCCGCAUAUGAUGAGACAGCGCUGGAAUAUCCUGAAGAGUAUACUGGCAGUGGAGAUGAUCGACGACGUUGGGAAGAAGAACAAGCACAGCUCGAUCGCGAUUGGUAUUCCAUGGAAGAGACCGGAGCAAUGGACGAGACACAUAAUCCUUUUGCAGAAUACGAAGCUACCAAUAAGCUCAAGGAAGAAACUUUGGAGCAAAAGCAGAUCAAGAAGCUUUCUGCACGCCAAGCACAAUACAAUCGCGAUACCGAAAUGUGGGAAACAAGUCGUAUGUUGAGUAGUGGUGUGGCACAGCGGCGAGAAAUCGAUACCGAUUUUGAUGAUGAUAGCGAGAACCGAGUUCACGUGCUUGUACAUGAUAUUAAACCACCAUUUUUAAGCGGGCGUGUUGUUUUCACCAAGCAGUUAGAAGCAGUACAACAUGUAAGAGAUCCCACCUCUGAUCUUGCUAUUCUUUCAAAAAAAGGCAGCAGACUUGUUCGAGAAAAGCGGGAGCAAGCAGAGCGUGCAAAGGCUACAAAGUUUGAGCUGGCAGGAACCACAUUGGGCAAUGUGAUGGGUGUUAAAAAUAAGGAAUCGAACGAAGAGGAAGAAGCUGAAGGAGAUGGAAGGGGUGAUUCCAAGUUUGCUUCGCACUUGAAGACUUCAGAAGCAGCCAGUGAAUUUGCAAGAACAAAAUCGAUGCGUGAACAAAGAGAGUUCUUGCCUGUUUUUGCCGUUCGCGAAGAAUUGUUGCGCGUCGUGCGUGACAAUCAAGUGGUCAUUAUCGUCGGUGAAACUGGUUCUGGUAAAACAACGCAGUUGACGCAGUACCUGCAUGAAGAUGGUUACACUCGCUAUGGCAAAAUUGCUUGUACCCAGCCUCGUCGUGUGGCAGCCAUGUCUGUUGCUAAGCGUGUUGCUGAGGAAGUUGGCGCAAAACUCGGCGACCUUGUCGGUUACUCGAUUCGUUUUGAAGAUCAAACUACGGAAAGCACUCUUAUUAAAUAUAUGACGGAUGGUAUUCUGCUUCGUGAAUCAAUGAGUACUCCAGAUCUUGAUCAAUAUAGUGCCAUUAUCAUGGAUGAAGCUCACGAACGUGCACUGAACACUGAUGUGUUGAUGGGUAUUUUAAAGAAAUUGAUGGCAAGACGGCGCGAUCUUAAACUGAUCGUAACAUCGGCCACUAUGAAUGCAGACAGAUUCUCACAAUUCUUUGGCAACGCCCCAUCUUUCCAUAUCCCUGGUCGUACUUUCCCCGUCGAUGUCAUGUUUAGCAAGACACCAUGCGAAGAUUAUGUCGACAGUGCCGUGAAGCAGACACUCGCCAUCCAUUUAUCACAGCCGGCCGGUGAUAUUCUGGUCUUCAUGACGGGUCAAGAAGAUAUUGAAGUAACGUGUCAAGUACUACGAGGUAAGUAGAAUUUGGUUACUUUAGAAAAGGAAAACGUUGUCCUAGGUUAUCGAACGUGUAUUUGGCUAAGAUAUCUUUUUAUGUAGAACGUCUCGAGCAAUUAGAGAAUCCUCCUCCACUCGCUAUUCUACCCAUCUAUUCACAACUUCCCGCUGAUCUCCAAGCAAAGAUUUUCCAACGGUCCGAAAAUAACGCACGAAAAGUUAUUGUCGCCACAAACAUUGCAGAAACAUCGUUGACUGGUAAUUUGGAUUUUGCUGGCAAAUUUGUCUUUCAAGAACCCAUCUUUACUAACCUAGUCCAUGUAUAUAGUUGAUGGUAUUAUGUA